AUGGUGGCGGCCUCUCGGCCGACGCGCUGCCUGUGGGGUUUCACACUAGUCCCGGGAAGCGCCUCGGAGGCCGACCUGAACGCCUUGCUGCGCGUGAUCCCGGAUGCCGAUCGCAUUCUCCGUCGGAAUGCCUUUGCCGGGGUCGCCACAGCGCCGGGGGCCGCGGAUGCCCGGCAUGCUGGCCGGCGCCGGGCUGGCCCAGGCGAAGAUGAGGAUGAGGAUGAUGCCUUCGCCGAGCCGGCCUCCGGGGCCACCACUGCUGGACGUGCCAGGGCCGCUGCCCUGCCGGCCAGCACGCGCGCGGCCCUUGACGACGCUGCGGCCGCCGAAAUCGCCGCCGUCUAUGCCUCCUCGCCGUCCUUCAUCCAGCACAUGCCGAUGCGCCCGUACCAGCUCCAUGGGCUGGGGUGGAUGGCCCGUCUGGAUGCCCAUGCGGUUGGCGGCAUUCUCGCCGACGAGAUGGGCCUCGGCAAGACCCUGCAGACGAUCUCCCUGCUUGGGCACCUGAAACACUCGCGCGGUGUGCGCGGGCCGCACCUGGUCAUCGCCCCGAAGUCCACGCUGCAGAAUUGGCAGAAUGAGUUCAAGCGCUGGUGCCCGUCGCUGAAUAUCUUCGUGCUCCAUGGCUCGAAGGACGAUCGUCCCAAGCUCAUCAAUGAGCGUCUCUUGACCGGGUCCUUCGAGGUGUGUGUCACCUCGCCGGAGAUGGUCCUCGUGGAGCGCGGCCCGCUGCGCCGCAUUCCCUGGUACUACAUCAUCCUCGAUGAGGCUCACCGGAUCAAAAACGAGAAGUCGUCUCUGGCGCGCAUCAUGCGCCAGAUCUCCUCCCGCCGGCGGCUGCUCAUCACCGGCACCCCGUUGCAGAAUAACCUCCACGAGCUGUGGGCCCUGCUGAACUUCAUCCUGCCGGACCUGUUCGCUCGCAGCGAGGACUUUGACUCCUGGUUUGCCUUCACCAGCACCGGCGAGGACGAGCAGGCCAAGGAACAGGUGGUCAACCGCCUGCAGAAGGCCUCCGCCCUCCAGCAACAAAGCAUGAACUCCGUCGAGCCGGCACCCGGCCCGACCCCCUCGUCGGCCGGGAUGGUCGUUUCGGCCGCGGCCAGCGUCACCGACGGCCCGGACCGGAUGCCCAUCGACGCCACCCCGGCCGAGGCCGACUCCCUCUUCCAGCCACGCCCUUUGACGCCGGAAGCUUCGGCCGGCGCCAGCCCCGGCUCGGGGCUGGCAUCGCCCGACCUGGCCGAUGAUCCCUCCACCCUGGCCCUGCUGACGGAGCCCAUGGGCGAGAGCGACGCCGAGGACGACGUCGCCGGCCUGGUGGCCGCCUCGGCCGAGUCGGUGCUCGACCACCCGGAUGUCCAGGCGGUCCUCCACCCACCGGCCCUGACAUACACCAGCGUGGAUACCUUUGCUGGCCGGGCUCCCGGGUCCGAGGUCCUCUCGAAGCUCGAGCUGCGUGCCCUGCACGAGCGCCUCAACUCCUUCCGCGAGAUGGAUCAAGCUCGUCGGGUGCACUUCCUCCUGCAUCAGACCGAUGUCUUCCAGUGCGUCGCCCCUUCCCCCAAGCUCAUCAAUGAGCGUCUCUUGACCGGGUCCUUCGAGGUGUGUGUCACCUCGCCGGAGAUGGUCCUCGUGGAGCGCGGCCCGCUGCGCCGCAUUCCCUGGUACUACAUCAUCCUCGAUGAGGCUCACCGGAUCAAAAACGAGAAGUCGUCUCUGGCGCGCAUCAUGCGCCAGAUCUCCUCCCGCCGGCGGCUGCUCAUCACCGGCACCCCGUUGCAGAAUAACCUCCACGAGCUGUGGGCCCUGCUGAACUUCAUCCUGCCGGACCUGUUCGCUCGCAGCGAGGACUUUGACUCCUGGUUUGCCUUCACCAGCACCGGCGAGGACGAGCAGGCCAAGGAACAGGUGGUCAACCGCCUGCAGAAGAUCCUCCACCCCUUCCUGCUCCGGCGUCUGAAGGCCGACGUGGAGAAGUCCCUCCUGCCGAAGAUUGACACCACUCUCUACAUCGGCAUGAGCCCCCUGCAGGCGGAGCUGUAUGAGCGCCUGCUGAUGCGUGACCUGGCCGCCGUCAAUGGUGUUCUGUCCAAGGGCGAAGCCAAGACCCGGCUGCUGAAUAUCGUCAUGCAGCUGCGCAAGUGCUGCAACCACCCGUACCUCUUCGAUGGCAUUGAGCCCGGCCCGCCGUAUACCACCGGCAUGCACCUGGUCGAGUCUUCCGGCAAGAUGAUGCUCCUGGACAAGCUGAUGACCUCCCUCAAGGCCAAGGGCUCGCGUGUGCUCAUCUUCAGUCAGAUGGCUCGAAUGCUGGACAUCCUGGAAGACUACUGCCUCUUCCGUGGCCAUGCAUACUGCCGCAUCGAUGGCCAGACCCCGCAUGAAGACCGCCAAUCCCAAAUUGAUGCCUAUAAUGCCCCGGGGUCGGAGAAGUUCGCCUUCCUGCUGACCACCCGUGCCGGCGGCCUCGGCAUCAACCUGUACACCGCCGACACGGUGGUCCUCUUCGACUCGGACUGGAACCCUCAGGCCGAUCUCCAGGCGCAGGAUCGCGCCCAUCGGAUUGGCCAGCGCCGGCAGGUCCGCUGCUAUCGCUUUGUGACGGAAUCCUCGGUCGAGGAAAAGAUGAUUGAACGGGCCGAGAUCAAGCUCCGCCUGGACCGGGUGGUCAUCCAGCAGGGUGGGGCCGAGGCGGCGCGUGCCAUGCACUCGGCCGCCGCCGCGUCCAAGGACGAGCUGCUCGGCAUGAUUCAGCACGGCGCGCGCGAGCUCCUCAACGCCCGGGCCAAGGCCUCGGCCACUGCCAGCGAGGAGGGCACAUCCGCCGGGGCCGAUGGCACCGGGACCGCCGACGGUGCUUCCGAGCCUGGUGACGGUGCCCCGGCGGCCGGUGCCUCGCCCACCUUCAAGGCCAUCACCUCUGUGGAUGACCUGGACCUGGAUGCCCUGCUGGAGCAUGGCAAUACCAAGACCCGCGAGCUGCAUGAUCGCCUGCGUGCGGCCGGCCUCGAUGCCCUGGAGACCAUGUCCCUCGGUGGGGAUGGUGCCUCCGACCGGAGCGUCUACGAGUGGGGCGGCGAGGAUUACCGCGACAAGCGCCGGCGUGAGGAGGAGGCUGCCGCCGCGGCGGCCACCCUGCUGGCUGUCGACCCGAAUCAGGAAACCAUCGGCGGCUUCGAUGCGAUGCUCCAUGCAUCCGGGCUGGGCGGUGCCAUCCUGGCGGAGCCACUCCAAUCGCGCCGGAACCAGAAGAUCAGUUACAAUGUCGAUGAGUAUUACCGGGAUGCCCUGGCCACGGGCGGCCGGGCGGCCGGGUCGACGCCGGCCUCGCCGCCGGUUCCCCGGGCCCCGCGCCCUCCGCGCCAGGUGGCCGACUACCACUUCUACCCCGUGCGGUUCUUGGAAAUCCAGCAACAGGAGCUGCUGCACUUUUGGCGGACCAUCAACUACCGGCCUCCGGAGCCGUCCACGGCCACCGUGACGGCCGACACCUUGGCCCGGUACCCGGACGAUGAUCCGGAAACGCAGAAGGCCCGCUUGGCUCAGGCCCUGGCCGAUGCCCAGCGCGAGCAUCAGGCCCUGUGUGGGCGCAUUGCCGAGGCCGAGCCCCUGACCGAGGAGGUGGUCGCCGAGCGUGAUGCCCUGGCCGCCCAGGGAUUCCCGGAUUGGUCGCAGCGCGACUUCCGGGCCUUUGUUCGGGCAUGCGAGCGCCAUGGCCGCGAGGCGGUCGCCGCCAUUGCCGAGGAGCUGGCCGCCAGUCCGCAUGACAAGUCCCCCGAGGAAGUGCGCGCCUAUGCGACGGCCUUUUGGUCGGCGGCCGCCGCUCGGCGCAGCCUGUCCCAGGCCGAAUGGGACCGGGUUUUGGGGCAGAUUGGCCGUGGGGAGACCCGCCGCGGGGGUGCACGUCUGGCCCAAAUGCACCUCGAACGCAAGGUGGCCGCCUAUGCGGACCCCCUGCGGCAGUUGCGCGUGGCAUACGGGGCCGUCGGCUCGGCCGGCGGGGAGUCCUGCCUGGUCGGGGUCAAUGCCCCAUCGGCCGGUGCCGCGGCCCGUGGGCGCCUCUUCUCCGAGGAGGAGGACCGCUUCCUGGUGGUGGCCCUGGCUCGGAUCGGGUAUCCGGGCUCGGCUCCGGGGAGCUCGGCCGACGACGCGCCCGCCGUCUAUGAGCGCCUGCAGCGGGUCAUCCGCGCGUGGCCGGCCUUCCGCUUCAACUGGUUCAUUCGCACCCGGUCGGUGGCCGAGCUGACUCGCCGAUGCCAGACUCUGGUGGCUUGCAUCGAGCGUGAGCACACCGACGCCGAAGCCGGCCGGGUGUCCGGCUCUCCGGCGCCCACCUCCGGCAUCAAGCGCUCGGCAUCCACCGCCGCGGUUGCCGGCUCGGAUGAUGAUCCCCUGAGCUCCGGCCGUGUGACGCCCAUCCCCGAGGCGGCUGCCCCGGCCAAGAAGCGUGCCAAGAAGGAGCCGUCCGCCCCGGGCGCCAAUACGCCCGCGGGCGCCUCCCCCGGCACAUCGCCUGCCACGUCCAAGAAGGCUGCCCUCAAGGUCGAGCAGUAG